UAUAUUAUAUGCAUUUCCUGCUUCCAGCCACUAGUAGAAGUUCCAGAAGAAGCGAGGAGCCGACAAUGUCCGACGAAAUCUCCACCGGCGCCGGCAAGCGGGCGGCCCAUCCGCCGUUGCAACCGCCGCCUCUGAUCCCGGACCUGCCGGACGACGUCGCUCUCCAAUGCAUCGCCAGAGUCCCGCGCUCUCUCCAUCCCUACCUCUCUCUUGUCUCCAAAUCCUGGCGCUCCACCGUCAAAUCCUCUCUCCUCUACGCAACCAGAUCGCAGCUCAACUGCACUGAACAGUUCCUUUACCUCAACGUACGAGUCAACUCGUCGUUCCGCUGGUAUCUGCUCGAUCAGAACCCUACGAACCCUAACAAACCUAGAACUCCUUCGCUUCUUCCUUCAAUCCCCUCGCAGCCGAUCGGCUCCGCUUUCGCAGUAUUAGGAUCCAAAAUCUACGUGAUCGGCGGAGCGAUUAACGAAAAUCCGUCGAAUUGCGUCUGGAUUUUCGAUUGCCGGUUCAACAGGUGGGAAUUGGGACCUCCGAUGCGCGUCGGAAGGGAAUUCGCGGCCGCUGGGACUGUGAACGGGAAAAUAUACGUGAUGGGGGGGUGUCUGGUGGAUAAUUGGUCGCGGUCCAUGAAUUGGGCGGAGGUUUUCGAUCCGGUGACGGGAACGUGGUCGGCUGUGCCAAGUCAAAUUGAAUUUAAGGACAAGUGGAUGCACGCUAGCGCUGUGAUGAAUGAUAGGAUUUAUGCGAUGGCGGAUCGUGGAGGUGUGGUUUAUGACUCGGCGACCGGAAAGUGGAGCGAUGUAUCGCCGCAGCUUGAUAUGGGGUGGAGGGGGCGGGCGGCGGUAGUGGAUGGGGUGUUGUAUUGCUAUGAUUAUUUGGGGAGGAUUAGAGGGUAUGAUGCGGAGGAGGAUCGGUGGAAGGAGUUGAAAGGGGUAGGGAAGGGUUUGCCCAAGUUUAUGUGCGGCGCAACUAUAGCAAAUGUGAGUGGGAGGUUGUUUGUGGUGUGGGAAGGCAAGGGGAUUGCCAAGGAGAUGGAGAUUAUUUGUGCAGAGAUUGAGGUUUGGAAAGACGGUUGUGGGGGAUUAAGUGGAUCAAUUGUUUGGUCAGAUGUCAUUCUUGUGGUUCCAAAUAGGUCUUCAAUUGUUCAUUGUGCGGCAGUUGGAUUAUGAGUAUGAUGAUUCAUUGGGUUCAGAAAAUGAAAGAAAUAAAUUCGAACAGUCUUCAUGGACUUCAUUAUCUCCUGCUUGGAUGUGGAAAUCCUGAAUCAGUGAUGAAGCCAAGAACUAGAUAUUCACAAGCCAGAUGGACCACCACAACUUGAGUGGAAAACUUUUCUCACCUCAUCGAUGAGGAGGUGGUUGAGAAGCUGACUCAACAGUAUUCGGUGUUUCAGUCCAAUAACUUCUAUAUAUAUUUGUAAAAUCUUACCCCCCACCCCUCUGUUUAGCUCCGUCGCAAUUUGCCUUCAUAUAUAUCGGCAUCUUACCUCUAUGUACUUUGGGCUUCUCAAUUGCCAUGCCAAUUUUAUGCUCUAUCUAUGGCUAGGUCCCAUGGUUUCUAUAA